AUGUUAUUGGUGACAAUUGAUGGUGAAGCAGAUUUGACAAUACACAACAUUUCCAUUUUACCAUCCGACCAGUGCGCUACUGAUGAUCAACGGGCGUCAAAGUGUUGUUGCGGUGACGGUAGAUUUUACGACUAUCCAACGAAGAAGUGCAAGGUGUCGCAAAAUGUUGGCUUUAUGUUUGGCAGAUUAAAUGAUUCCUGGUCUCACAUGGUGGUCUACGGAUUCGUAUAUCCAAUACUGGUGAUAAUCAUGAUUGCACCUCUGUGUGCUGUAUUGCUCGGAAUGGGAAAGCGAGAAAAACGAGAAGGUGAUCGACGCUACGUAAGUUUAAAUAAUUGGCCAACGCACGGGCUGCUCGUGCGAAGAUGCAUAGUUUCCCGCAGUUUUUGUCGCUACCGGCAUCGGUUUUUUCGGCAAAUGUCUCUAGCUAAACAAAAUAAAGACUGGCCACCAGAACUGGCAGGAAACACCCCCUAAAA